UCUUACUUCAUUAUAUUUUAAUUCAAGAAAAUUAAAUGAAGGGCUUCUGGAACUCAUCGAGUAUCAUUCCUGUUACUCUUUCUUUUAUUUUCAUAUUCAUUUAUCAUUUUGAAGACGUGCUUGCGGCUCCUGCUAGACAUUUUUUGUGUCGUCCCGAACAAAGGGAUGCACUUCUCGCUUUCAAAAACGAGUUUGAGAUUGGGGAGCCUAAUCCUGAUUGUAUGGGCAUUGAAUCUCAUCGGAAGACGGAGUCAUGGGGGAAUAACAGCGACUGUUGUAGUUGGAAGGGUAUCAAGUGCAAUGCCAAGUCCGGAGAUGUGGUCGAGCUAGACCUUCGCUGCAGCUUUCUCCAUGGCCGGUUACAUUCCAAUAGCAAUCUUCAAAACCUUCCUUUUCUAACCACUAUUGACCUUUCAUUUAAUGAUUUUAAUGGUCAAAUCCCAGAUUCGAUCGGAAACCUUUCUCAUCUCACCACUCUCGACCUUUCGGUAAAUAAAUUCAGUGGUCUGAUUCCAUCUUCCAUCGGAAACCUUUCUCAUCUCACUUCUCUCCACCUUUCUAAUAACCAAUUCUCUGGUCAAAUUCCAUCUUGGAUUGGAAAGCUUACUCAACUCACCCAUCUCGACCUUGCUUUUAACCAAUUUUCUGGUGAAAUCCCAUGUUCAAUUGGAAACCUUUUUCAUCUCACUUCUCUCAACCUUCGGGAAAACAAUCUCGAUGGUGAAAUCCCAUCUUCUUUUGGCAAUCUAAAGCAGCUGACCACCUUAGAAGUUAUUUUGAACAAGCUCAGUGGAAAUUUUCCCAAUGUACUACUGAACUUGACAGGGUUGUUUGGUUUAGGUAUCUCCGGAAAUCGGUUCAGUGGUGUGCUUCCUCCUAAUAUCACUUCACUAUCAAACUUGGGAGAGUUUUACGCAAGUGAUAACGCUUUCAGUGGAACUAUCCCUUCUUCUCUCUUCACCAUUCCUUCUUUGACUGUAUUUUUUUCCGAUGAUAACCAACUCAACGGCACUCUUGAGUUUGGCAAUAUUUCUUCACCAUCUAACCUAGAAUAUUUAUCCCUUAGUAGAAACAACUUCAAAGGGCCAAUCCCGAGAUCCAUUUCCAAAUUUGUCAACCUUUCGGAUCUUGACCUUUCUUAUUUCGACACCCAAGGCCGCCCAGUUGACUUCAGCAUCUUCUCGCCUCUCAGGUCUCUCCAAUAUCUUUACCUAUCAUAUUUGAACACCACCACUACGAUUGACUUGAAUGAUAUCUUAUCAUAUUCCAAAAGCCUCUCUAUUAUAGAUCUCUCAGGCAACCAUGUUUCAACUACAAACAAAAGUUCAGUUUCAAAUCCCCCUUCACAGGAGAUAUAUGCUUUGCAAUUAUCAGGCUGCGGUAUCACCGAGUUUCCAGAGCUCCUAAGAACCCAACAUGAAGUGGCGCAUCUAGACAUCUCCAACAACAAAAUCGAAGGUCAAGUUCCUGCCUGGCUAUGGAUUCUACCAAAUUUGACAUACGUGAAUCUUUCCAACAACACUUUCAUCGGUUUCCAAACAUCAAUGAAGAAACAAGGACUAUCCUCUGACUGGAAACCAUCUUUGAGGCACUUUUUUGGCUUCAACAACAACUUCACGGGCAAGAUUCCUUCUUUCAUAUGCGAGUUGCGUUCUCUAGAGACUCUCCAUUUAUCUGAAAACAACUUUAACGGUUCAAUCCCUCCUUGUUUGGGAAAUCUCAAGAGUACUCUUUCAGUUUUAAACCUUCGGCAGAAUAAUCUUAGUGGAGGUAUUCCAGAGGAUAUAAUAUUUGAAAGUCUAAGGUCGCUUGACGUCGGCCAUAACCAACUUGUGGGAAAGCUUCCAAGAUCUUUGAAUCGUUUCUCUACUCUUGAAGUUCUGAACGUGGAAAGCAACAGAAUCAACGACACGUUUCCAUUCUGGUUGGGUUCUCUACAAAAGCUGCAAGUUCUUGUGCUUCGCUCCAAUGCAUUCCAUGGACCAAUGAAUCAAGCCUCCUUCCCUCAGUUGCGAAUCAUCGACAUAUCACAUAAUCACUUCGAUGGAACUUUGCCAUCAGAGUACUUUUCGAAGUGGACUGCUAUGUCAUCACUUGAGCCCGACGAAGAUCAGUCUUCUGAAAAGUACAUGAGAGGGGGAUCACGCUAUUACUAUGAUUCAUUGGUUUUGAUGAAUAAAGGUGUAGAGAUGGAGCUAGUACGUAUCUUAAAAAUCUUAACAGCAAUCGACUUUUCAGGAAACAAAUUUGAAGGAGAGAUUCCAAAGUCCAUCUGUCUAUUGAAAGAGCUUCGUGUGCUCAACUUGUCAAACAAUGUAUUCACUGGCAGCAUCCCUUCAUCUAUGGGGAACCUGAAAGCUCUAGAGUCUUUGGAUGUUUCCCGAAACAAGCUUUCAGGAGAAAUUCCACAAGAGCUAGGGGAGCUCUCGUUCCUUGCGUACAUGAACUUCUCUCAUAACCAGCUUUCAGGUCUACUACCAGGAGGCAAUCAGUUUCAAACGCAGCGUUGCUCUUCCUUUGGAGAUAAUCCGGGACUUGUUGGCUCUUCUCUUGACAAAGUUUGCAGAGAUAUUCACACACCACCAGCAUCACAUCAACACUAUGAAACGCCGGAAUCAGAGGACGAAGAUGAAGAAGAGGUGAUUAGUUGGAUAGCAGCUGCAAUAGGUUUCGUACCUGGUAUUGUAUCUGGUUUGACGUUUGGAUACAUAUUGGUUUCCCACAAACCAGAGUAGUUCAUGAACCCUUUUGGCCGAAACAAUCGUAAAGGCAGCAGAAACACCACAACUCACUAGAGAGAGGCUUAAAGCCUAUUUGAAGAAUCUGGACGAGGAAAGUCAAAGUAAACGGAUGAACUGUUAGGACGUCAACCAACUACUCUUUGUCCAAAUCCAGAUUGGUUUAGAUUUCGGUUAUUGUUCCCAGUUUAGCUUUGUGUGUUUCUCUUUAACUCUGUUUUUUGCCAACUUUGUAAUUGAGCAACUCUGUUUCGAACCUUAAAUUACUCUCCCUUUAG